AUGGUUUCCACUGAGCACGUGGCUCACAAGAUACUAACUUACCUGCCAUAUGUUCUUGUUUUGAUUGACAUGCGAUACGAAGGUGUCAAAUGUGGCAGGGAAGGGAGUGUGGACCAUCACAUGGAAAUGGGCAAGAAGCUGCUAGCAGCGGGACAACUGGCCGACGCACUCUCUCACUUCCACGCCGCUGUAGAUGGCGAUUCCAAGAACUACCUGGCUUAUUACAGAAGAGCCACUGUGUAUUUGGCCAUGGGCAAGUCCAAGUCAGCAUUGCCAGAUUUGAGCAAAGUUAUUGAACUCAAGCCUGACUUCACAUCUGCACGUCUCCAGCGGGGCAACCUUCUCCUGAAGCAAGGCAAGCUGGACGAAGCAGAGAGCGAUUUCCGAAAUGUGUUGAAGGUUCACCCCAGCGAAAAGGAGGCAACCGAAGCUCAGCAUCAGCUGACAAAAUCUGACGAGCUCCAGCGUCUAGUGGCUGAGGCUCGACAAAGCUACCAUAGCAAAGACUACGUGACGGCCGCGGCUCAGUUGGACACCAUCAUUGAGACUUGCGUUUGGGACGUGACCUCUCGCGAGAUGCGAGCAGACUGCUUCAUUCAGAUGGGCGAGCUGGGCAAAGCAAUCGGUGACCUAAAGGCCUCGUCUAAGUUGAGGAAUGACAACACGCACGCCUUCUACCAGCUCAGCACCAUCUACUACAACCUGGGCGACCAUGAGAUGUCCCUCAAUGAAGUGCGUGAGUGCUUAAAGCUGGACCCCGAUCAUAAGCAGUGCUUCAGUCACUACAAGCAGGUCAAGAAGCUCAACAAACAGAUUCAGUCCGCUGAAGAACUGAUUCAAGAGCAGAGGUAUGAGGAGGCAGUGAGUAAAUAUGAGGCAGUGAUGAAGACUGAGCCCAAUGUGGUUCCUUUCACAAUUCUGGCUAAGGAGCGCAUCUGCCACGCCUUGACACAUGGACAGCAGCAGGCCACCAGAGCCAUCUCGAUGUGCAGCGAAGUCCUCCGUGAGGACCCAGACAACCUCAAUGCGCUGAAGGACAGAGCUGAGGCUUACAUCCAAGAUGAACAGUAUGAGGAGGCCGUUAAAGAUUACGAAAAUGCGUCCAAACACAGUGAGAACGACCGUGAGAUCAAAGAAGGUCUGGACAAAGCACAACGCCUCCUCAAGCAGUCUCGGAAGAGAGACUAUUAUAAAAUCCUGGGAGUCAAAAGGACAGCCCAAAAAAAGGAGAUCAUCAAAGCGUAUAGAAAGCUAGCACAACAGUGGCACCCGGACAACUUCCAGGAUCCAGAUGAAAAGAAAAAAGCCGAGAACAAGUUCAUAGACAUCGCUCAGGCCAAGGAAGUACUCACUGACCCUGAGAUGAGAACCAAGUUCGACCAUGGUGAAGACCCAAUGGACCCCGAGAGCCAGCAAGGUCACCACGGGGGAGGAGGCCAUCACUUCCACUUUAACCCGUUCGGAUCGGGACCCUUCAACUUCAAGUUUAACUUUCACUGA